CCCAGCGCUCUGCGAAACUAAACACCAGGCUGUGAGGAAAAUGAUGUAGUAUUUAGUGCAGCGCAGAGGACAAUAGAAGAGAGCAGGUGUUGCGUGUUUUUUAAAUGGGAAAUCUGUUGGGCAUCUGGCGUUUCAAGGAGCCGAGCACCGUUGAGGAAUGCGACUCGACGUGGGGGUCGGACUCCGACAGCGAUGAGCCGGCGGCUGAAGAUGACAGCGGCAUCUCCGAGUCCGUCAGCCCGGCGGAGAGCGAGCGGGCCGCCGGAGACCCGGAGGACGCGUCCCCGCAGCUGUCUGAUUCUCCAGAGUCCGUUCCAAAGAUGAAGAGGAGUUUCUACGCUGCCAGGGACCUUUACAAAUACCGUCACAGCUACCCGAACUUCAGAAAGUCCCGGCAGCCCAACGAGUACCGUAACCUGCGCUUCUACCUGAACAAGAUCCCUCUAGUUCCUGAUGGUAUCUAUAUAGAGGAGAUUCUAACGAAGUGGAGAGGCGACUAUGACAAACUGGAGCACAAUCACACCUACAUUCAGUGGCUGUUCCCGUUAAGAGAACAAGGGCUCAACUUUUACGCACAUGAACUGACUCAGGACGAGAUCAAAGAAUUCCAAAGCACUCGGGAAGCUAAGCGCAGAUUCCUGGCGGCCUAUUCCCUGAUGUUGGACUUCUACGGCGUCAAACUGCUGGAUAAGAGUGGGAAUGUUGCUCGGGCUUCCAACUGGCAAGAGCGCUUCCAGCACCUUAAUGAGUCCCAGCACAAUUACCUGCGGAUCACUCGAAUCCUGAAGUCCCUGGGCGAGCUGGGCUACGAGGCCUUCAAGGCUCCACUGGUUCGUCUGUUCCUGGAGGAGUCGCUGUGCCACAACACCCUCCCCAACAUGCAGCACAGCGCCCUGGAGUACUACGUCUACACCAUCCGCCUGCCGGCCACCCGCAGACGCCUGCUCCGCUUUGCCCGCCAGCACUACAAGCCUGCCCACGCCUUUCUCUGGGGUCCGCCACCUAAAAGGCGAGCUGGUGCUGUCGGAGGCAGCGUGGGAGCUGGGAGCAGUGGGAUCAGAGCACCUGCUCCGACACCAGAGCAACACAGGAGGGGCAAGGAGAGCCCCACAUCUGCCAGUAGUGGGAUUAUUAUGUCUUCCCAUGAUGCCGUGACGUGCCAGGAGCUGGCUGGAGGAGGGCUGAAGGGCUGCACAGGAUUUGGCUCUAAUAUGGCCGGACUGGAGGGAGCGCUGAUGAUGGUAGCUAGAGGAGAGACAAGAGAGUACAAUGAGAUAGUUUCUUUGUAGGCAAAAGGGUUAAGGGCCAUCCACAUCGAGCGCUAUAACUAUAACCAUAACUAUAUCGAUAAUGAUGUAAGCAUCCACACUGAUGAAUGAUAACCUUCUGUAAACAGCAAGACAGAACAUGCACUACGCACUCCAUACAUCUCUUUCAACAUAAAAACAUAUGUUUUUUGGUCAAAAUUAGAUGUUAGAAUCUCUGUUGAACGUGACUUCUAAAUAAGACAGAUUCUGAUUGGCUGUUAGUAUUUCUAUCAUUCAUGAAAUCGCUCUAGGAGUGAUCCAUACAAUAUCCUUCACCACUUUUGUUGUCAUUAUAGUUGUUGUGUUGACUACGUCAUGCACUUGAGUUGGGACGAUUUUUAUAGUUAUAGUUAUAGUUAUAGUUAUAGUUAUCGUUCUUGGUGUGGACGGCCCUUUAGACUGUUAUGUGGUUUUCAAGUCAGAAAACAAACAUCUGUUUUUAAAAUUAACCGAUUUAAUUGUAACAUUUUAAUAAAUUCAUUGUAUAUGUCAGAAUUACUUCUGGACACUGAAACUUAGGGUCAAGACAGUAAAAGUAAAACGCAUUUAUAGAGUCUGACAGACAAUUCAUUAAUCAACUCAGCUUAAGGGCUUACCAUACACGACUAUAUUUCUUUGCUUAUAUAUCAGCAUAAUUAUAUGACUAUGGGUUGGGGAUGAGGUCGGAAGUCAUAUCUUGAGCCAAGCUGAACAAAUGCCUUGGACCAAUUCCCAAAACCGCUUAUACCAGUAGAGACCGAAACAUGUUCUGCAAGGUUUUUCCUCAUCAGGGCUACAAUUCUGAAACAACUUAGACAGCCGUAUUGAAUGUUUAGGUCUAAAAUGUGAUUACUGAUUCUUAGGACUACUUUAGAACCAAAGGUGCUGAUCGGCACUCUUGCAGUGGUUUUGGUUAAAGUCCUUUCGAGUCAUCUAAAACUGGAGCUGGAGCUCCUCUGAGCAACAAGCUGGACUGAUCUCAUUUUGUACAGGUGCUGUAAAGUGGAAAUUAUAAGGUGAGGAGGGAGAUCAGGGAUAUUUUUUUUCUUUUUUUCCCCCCAAAAACCCAAGGAAUGGACACAAUAGAGUGAAAAAGGCAAGAGUGGGUAAAUCAUCUUAGCAAUACUUCUUAAACCAUAUGUUGACUGAAUCCUCAUAUUGUUGUUAAUGAUACCAGGUACAACUCAAUAUUUGUCUGCUCCGCAAUUUUACUUAUAAGUUGAAGGUCGCCGCUUCCCCUGAAAAAUUGUACAUAACUAUAGAGCAAAAAAACAAGACUUGUUUGUGAUGUAAUAUCUAGAAGAAACAGUUAAGAAUAGAGAGGUUUUUAAGUGACAUCACCACUCUUCUGUUUACUAUGACAGGCACCAUGGAGGUCAACUGAAAAGUGUCUAUAAAAAAACGGUAAAUGGUGGCUAUAUUUAGAAUUUAACAACAGGUCAAGAUGCUGCUGGUGUUUCAAGGCAAAGGGAGCAUUCAGUAUGCCUCCACAUCACUUGAGUGACAACAAAAUAACAAGUGAUUAGGUGACCUCAGAUUUGUGUUUUAAAAGGCAGAAAUAGCCUAACCUCAAUCAAUAUUUUUUCCAACUAUAGUGUUGAUUCUAUGGAGCACCCAAAGUCCCAAAAAAUGAUAUUUUAUUUUGGGUGCACAAGACAACAACUUAUCUUGUCUGCAUAAGUUAUUAUAAGGUGGGAACAAGAUAUUAUCUUGUGUGCCCAAGAUAAGUAUGUUUGUCAGGGUUUGCCCCAAAUUCAUUUAUUUGUGGCAGCCCGCCAUGAUUAAAAUGUUUGCC